AUGCCGCCAAAGAGAAUAAAGAAAAUAGAUCAUAACGAACUUCCUCCCUCUUCCUACCACAACCCGUUCUCAGUCCUGGAUCCAACCCCGCAAACCCCAAAGGCUACGCGUUACCCGUCCCGCGCAGCGACGCGACCAUCAACACCCCAACAACAACCGCCAGAAAACUUCAUCUGGAUCGAUUCAGAACUCGCUUCUACCCUAGCCAGAACAUGGACGUACCAAAAUUGGCCUCUUACGAAAACCACGCCCAAGCAGCUGGCGAAAUUUGGUUUCUACCAUACACCAGAUGAAUUAAGCCACGAUAAAGUGUGUUGUUUUGCAUGCGGAAUCGAAGUUUCUGAAUGGACAGAUACCCGAUAUUCCACCGAAAAGCUAUUUUCCUUUCACUAUGACGACUGUGUAUGGGCAGACCUGCUUGAGGAAACAGAUGCCUUUGCGGACUCAUGUCCCACCAACCAAAAAGCCCAGGAACAACCUUUACCAACACCAACCGUCGCGGUAGAACCAAGAGUCCAACCACCUAGCCCACGACCUAAACCGGAAGAACCACCACAACCCUAA